AUGAAGGAGCCGUCGCUGCCCGGCACCUCGCUGCAGCGGGCCUGCCGCCUCCUCGUCGCCUUCUGUGCCCUCCACCUCUCGGCCACGCUGCUCUACUACCUGGCGGGCAGCGCUCUGGGGCCGCCGGGCAGCCCCGAGCCGCCGCCGCGCCGCCCGCCGCCCGCCAACCUCUCGCUGCCGCUCUCCCGCCCGUCGCCGCCCGCCUCCCGGGCCCGGUCCCUGCCCGCCGAGCCGCCGCCGGGCCCCUGCCCCGAGCCCUCCCCGCUGCUCGUUGGUGCACUACGUGUGGAGUUCUCCCAGCCCGUAAACCUGGAAGAAGUGGCAAGAAUAAACCCACAGGUCAAAGCAGGAGGUCAUUUUGCUCCAAAAGACUGUAUAGCCCUUCAGAAAGUAGCAAUAAUCAUACCAUUCAGGAACCGAGAGGAGCACCUGAAGUACUGGCUCUAUUACCUGCACCCGAUUCUCCAAAGGCAGCAACUAGAUUAUGGAGUAUAUGUUAUCAACCAGGAUGGAGAAGAAGAAUUUAACCGUGCUAAACUGCUGAAUAUUGGAUUUGCAGAGGCCUUGAAGGAAUAUGACUAUGAUUGCUUUGUGUUUAGUGAUGUAGACCUCAUCCCAAUGGAUGACAGGAACACCUACAAAUGUUACAGCCAGCCACGGCACCUCUCUGUAUCCAUGGAUAAAUUUGGAUUUCGGUUGCCUUACAAUCAGUAUUUUGGAGGUGUGUCUGCCCUGAGCAAAGAACAGUUCACAAAGAUCAAUGGGUUCCCAAACAAUUACUGGGGCUGGGGUGGUGAAGAUGAUGACAUUUAUAACAGGCUGGUGUUUAAAGGCAUGGGGAUAUCCCGUCCGGAUGCGGUCAUUGGGAAGUGCAGAAUGAUCCGGCAUUCCCGGGACAGGAAGAAUGAACCCAACCCCGAGAGGUUUGACCGAAUUGCUCACACACGGGAGACAAUGAAUUCUGAUGGCUUAAAUACGCUGUCCUACAAGGUGUUAAGAAUUGAUAAGUACCCUCUCUAUACAAAGAUCACAGUGGAUAUUGGCUCCCCCAAUAGCUAACAUCAGAGACACAACAGAGACUUGCCUAUAUUGCCCAGGAUAUCUGGUCUCACUGAUGCGUUAUAUGUGCUGGUUUUAUAAGAGUUGCAGUGAACCAAAAAAAAGGCCUCUUUUGGCAUGCCGAAGUGUCUCCAAAUUGGUUGGACAAGUGCUUUUUUAAAUUUUUUUUUUUAAGUUUCAAACUUGACUUUACACAACUUUCUAGCUCUCCAUUGUUUUUUAAGUCCAGAAACUGUACAUACAAGUUGUAAAUAGUUACUUUGCCAGAAAUUGUUGAAUCUGAUCUAUUUGCUGCAGUAGUCCCCAUGUUGAAUUAAUUGCUGGACUCAAAUUUUUCUGAUUGCAACUGUGAUGUAUCAACAGUUACUGCCCAUUAUAUUUGGUAUUUUGAAUGAGGUGUGUGCAGGCAUUCUUUUCAAUUCAUUCCUGGUUUUACAUUAUGAAGGACUGUAAAAUGCUGCUAAAAUUGUCCAAGUUUACGCUUUGCAUUAGAUUUUUUUAAAUGGAGACAGCAUAAUACAACUUUUUUCUCAGAGUGACCAAAACAAACAUCUCAUCUAUGUGCAGAGCAGGUGUUGAACAAUCAAGUCUGAAUUCAAUGAAUGUCAUUAUUUCUUUUAGACUCAAAGGAAGCUUUGAGUGAGAUGAGACAGUUUGCCAGAAUUUGUGGGUAAGCUCCCUGCAUAGGGUGGGAAGCUAUACCGAUGACCUCUCUAAAAACUGCUGGCUUCAGAUAACCUUAUUUCUGGAUAUGAUAGAGAUUAUUUGCUUCAGCACAAAACCUCCUGGGAUUUUUUGGGGGGUAGAAGAGUUCAGAGAGGGGUUUGUGGUGUUGAUCUGUCUUUUGGAUUUUUUUUUCAUGAAAUAAAGAUUAAUUUAAUUGCACAAAUAAAUUAUGGCCUUAACAUUUGCUAACACUUGUUAGCAGUGGUAGGAGGUUACCAUGCUAUUUAAGCAUUGUCUGAAGCUUCCUAAAACCAAAAUUUUCUCUUGCAAGGUUGUGCAUAAAACUUGAAAUCUUUUAUUACUUUUGUUGUCAUUGUAACAUUUUAAUAACUUUUAAAAGUAAUUUGUGUAUCAUAAGCAGUAUAUUUAAUACCAGAUUAAAGUAGGGUGCAGCGUAAUAGGAUGUGAUUCAAAGCCUUCUUUAUCUUUAGACUAGUAGGCUUUUUAUGUGUGUCAUUAUAUAUAAGCCAUGUAUUUUGUUUGCUCUGUGUAUUUGUCUAUUAAAUCUCCUGCAGUGCUGAGAUAUUCACAGCAGGGCUGACAUCCAAAUGAUUUUUCUUUGCCUAAAGCCUGCUUGCAAUGUGUGUCCUCUAUCUGGAACCUCCCUUCUGAUUGUCUCAGGCUUGAGGAGCAUGCACAUUCUGCAGUACUAUUUUCGGUCAGUGCACCAGGCCACCACCUGUACAGACCCUGCUUUUCCUUCCCUUGACCGUGUAUGUAUGAAAGCCUCAAGUGCUGACACCUAGGGAGCUGGUUUAAGUAAUUUAAAGCUCUUAGCCAGAACUCAGAACUUAAUUCCUUCUGGUGAGUACUUUGCCACCAGCUCUGACCACAGCAAUUUGCACUUCCUUGGCCUGUGCUGAAGGUUAUUAAAAUCAGGGACAUUUUGUUGUAUUGGGGAUCAUCUUCAGCACUGCAUUUUUUUCUUUUUUUUUUUUUUCCUUUGUUUGGUUUUGUUUGUUUUUUUGUUAGAUUUUUUUGAGACCUGAAGGUUUGCUGAACCCUUGCACUGCAGGGGUGGGAUCCUGCAGGGACCAGGGAACACUGCAUUUCUUCUUAGGCCAGCAGUGGCUCACAGGAUGCAUAGGGACUUUAAUUUACUAGAUGCCUUUUCAGUCUCACUUUGGAAAAGUCUUCACCUCCUUUGGUUCAAAGCUCUUUCUGGCUAGGCUUGCUGCUCCAGUCACAAUGGGAGCUGUGGAAAGAUGAUCUUGCAUGGAGCAGGAGCAAAGUGCAAGGAAGGAGGCUUGUGGUUAAGAGCUUAUCCCUUGUGCUUAUCACUGAAUAUUAAAAAAACCCAAACAAUAUAAUAGUCCUUAUGGCAGAUCAGGCUCCAGGUCUUAAAGAUGCAAGGGGGAGUACAAGAUGAUGUGUUUUACAGAAAUCAGGUCAAAUGUCUCCCUGUAAAACAUUGGCAUGGGUGUAGUCUGUAGCAGUAAUGGAGACACAGGAAAGGAUUAUUUUUUAUUUUUCUUAUAAAGCUGCCUUAGAAGGAGGGCUCCACUUCCACAGCUAGCAGCAGAUAACCAAAAACUUACCAAGGCUGCACUUGAAAAUGCCAUGUCUUUGCAGAGAGCACGUCAGUUUUGUGCUGAGCCUUUUGUAAGUCAGAGUUGGGAUCUUCUGCUGUAGUGGUAUGUGUCUGCUAUCAGGUGGGUGGGGGAGAUGCUGGCAGCAUUCCUUGCAGUGAGAUUCUUGGAUGGUUAGAAAAAAGUUAGUGCAACAACACAUUGUUCAGCUGUAUGGUGAAAUUAUUCAAUGUCAUGGAGGUGGGAUGAGUGCUUGUUUUUGGCUGUUGUGAUCAAACGUUUCUACAACAUGUGCCUUGAAAGAGGGAAGAAAUGGAAACUGGAAAGUCAGGAAACCUGAAAACCCUUUUCAGCAGAGAGAUACUAGUAGUGCAAGAAGCUGCUGCCUAGUUUCUCUUCCACUGCUAAAGCCACAAGCCAUGUAAAGAACUGAAGCCACCUUUCGUAGCUCAUGUUGCCCUUUGGUGCUGACCUGUGAUUUCUAGAUCUCAUUGUCUCUGUGUAAACUAUAUCAGUCAAACUUAUUAAAUACUCUUGACUUGACCUGGCCAUGAAAUUUCUCUCCCUGGGAUUUUCAGGGGCCACAUUUACAAACACGUUGCACCAAAGCGAAUUCCAACUGUGUCCUAUGGUGGGUGGUGUUUUUUCCUCUCCCCUACUGGUGAAAACACUCAAAGUGAUACUGAUUGUAACUAAUGGUUGAAACCCAGAAAAACAGCUUCAAAGAAAAUGCUAAUGCUUGGAUUCUUUGGGAUGACUGACUGCUUGUUAGCAUGAGGGAGGGUCCUGAUAUGCUGCUUUUCCCCAGGACGCUACUUGUAUACUGGACUGCCUUUGGGUUUCCUGUAGAUGGUUUUGCUUUUGCAUUCUUAUAAUUUAUAUAUCAAGGGAUGUGUAAUCAAAUGUGUAUUCUUUACUAUUGAUGUCAAAUAAAAAUAUUUUCAGUUACAA